AUGUCAUCCGAUUGUUCUCAUUGUGAAAAGAACUUCGAACUUCAUAUUGAAAAUAAUAUUAUUGAUAAAAAUGUUCAAAUCAAAUGGUGUCAAUGGAGUAACAUCAAUGGACGUGCUACCAAAGAAGAACAACAAGGAUCGGUUGAACAAUGCACGCGCUUAUUGCUGUCGAAAAUCGAAGCUUUCUUAUUACACGUUUACAUUAAACGUGAACAGAGUAAACUGUUUGAGGAAUCAAAAUCAGCUGCAGACGACAAAAAAAUCGUCGUGCAAGUUGAUUAUAGUGAAAAUUUCUCUCUAGAAGAACAAGAUGAAGUUCAAUCAGCACAUUGGGCGACAAAAUCAAUCGCGAUCUUUACAGCAUACGCUUGA